GACUAGCCAGACCUACUGUAUCUAGUCAUUACUUGGUUGAAGUGAUGAACACAGUUUAUGCAUGUGUAUAUUGCAGCCAUGAUGAGGCAAUGCUUGCUGGUGACCACUAAUAUUACAUGUGAAGCAACUAGCUAGCUGUAUGCCUAUAAAAUGCAACAUAUUUCCUUCUACUUCUAUGUCCUUUAUAACUUCUCAUACCAAACAGUAGUUAAGCAGAAGAAUUUAUCACCCAAGGUAAAAUAUGGCAAAAAAUAUUAAUGAUAAACCCAAUCUACACAUCCUUGACGAUGAAGAACCCACCGAAGCAUCAUCCACACAUGGCGGUCGUAAGCGAGGAGGUUGGAUCACCUUUCCCUUUAUAACAGCGGCUAUAUUAGCUAUACAAGUUGGUUCUUCUGGUUGGUCUGCGAAUCUGACCGUGUUUCUAAUCGGACAAUUCAACUUCAUGAGUAUUAAGGCUGCUCAAGUCGGCAAUAUUGUUGCCGGAACUAGUAGUUUCUUGCCUAUAUUUGGAGCCAUCCUCGCAGAUUCGUUCUUCGGGAACUUCUCCGUUAUUGCUGUUUCUUCAUUAUUCUCCUUGAUGGGACUAAUAUUAUUCAUGUUCACGGUGACGGUACCUUCCUUGAGGCCUCAACAGUGUGCAGCGAAUGUCACCGGUUCUUCAGCAGGGAUGUGUGAACCAGCCUCAACUCUACAGAUUGCGGUCUUAUACACGUCCAUAACACUAUCCGCAUUAGGAUUAGGCGGAUCGCGUUUCACAGUUGCAACAAUGGGUGCUGACCAAUUCGAAAAACCAAAAGAUCAAGAAUGUUUCUUCAAUUGGCAUUUCUUCAAUUUCUAUGUUGGCCUAAUGAUAGGAGUUGUUGGUAUUGUUUAUAUUCAAGAUAAUAUUGGUUGGGACCGGGGCGUUGGUAUCUGUCUUGCUGUUAAUAUCCUUGGAUUAGUCACUUUCUUAGCGGGUAAACGCUAUUAUCGUCAAGUUAAAACACAAGGAAAUCCAUACAAAAGCUUAGCUCGUGUUGUUGUUGCCACAAUCCUGAAGAGGAACCUAUCAAUUUCAUCUGCAUCAGAAACAUUUUACCAUGGGUUUAGUGAUGGUGUAUCAAUGAAAUCGCUUUCAUCUCCAACUUCCAGCUUCAGAUUUCUUAAUCGUGCAGCACUGAAAGUAGACGGCGAUACAAAUGAAGAUGGGUCCGUAGCAAAAGAAUGGAGACUAUGCACCGUACAACAAGUGGAAGAUUUCAAAACAGUGAUCAGAAUUAUCCCACUUUGGUUCUCAAGUUUUUUCUUAAGCACACCAAUAGGUAUUCAAAGCAGUCUAGCAGUGCUUCAAGCUUUAAGAAUGGAUCGUCACAUUGGAACACAUAACUUCAAGAUCCCAGCUGGUUCUUUCCUUGUUUUCACUCUAGUUGCCACAGCAAUAUCCCUCACUCUUAUCGACCGUUUCCUCGUGCCGACUUAUCAGAAGUUAAUACGUCGACCUCUAACACCUCUCCAACGUAUAGGUGUUGGUCAUGUCUUGACUGUCAUUAGCAUGGCUGCGUCGGCCAUUGUGGAACGGAAACGUCUGAGUAUUGUUUGGUCCGACGGACUCACAUCUUCUACAACUUCUGUAACCAUGUCCGCUCUUUGGUUGGUGAUACCAUUAGUUUUAGUUGGUGUUGGUGAAGCUUUCCAUUUUCCAGGCCAAGUGGCUUUGUAUUAUCAAGAGUUUCCGGUUUCAUUACACAGUACUUCAACCGCCAUGAUAUCGUUGCUAGUUGCAGUAGGGUUUUAUUUGAGCACGGCCAUGAUUGAUCUGGUUCAACGGAUUACCGGAUGGUUGCCGAAUAAUAUUAAUCAAGGAAGGUUGGAUAAUAUGUUUUGGUUAUUAGUAGUGAUUGGAGUGAUUAACUUUGGGUACUUCAUUGUUUGCUCUCUACUGUAUAAGUACCAAAAUUUCAAUGAUCAAAACCCAACCAAGGUUGAUGAUAAACCAAGACAAGGACAGAACUGAGAAGUUAGUGGACAUGGCAUUUUGCUGCUGGAUCCAUCGUAUAACAAUUUGACUAUAUGAAAAUCACAUUAUUGGUAAUUUCAUUGUGCCUUUCACAUCGCCUUUUUCUGCAACUUUAGUAGCAAUUGGUUUUUUCUUUUUAUAGGAUGAUAAUACUAUGAAUCAAAGUACUAUUUAGUUAGACAUGACUUGGUAAAGGUUAAUUCAGAUGCCAAGAAAUUGGAUUUUGGUUGCAGGUUGAAAAUGAGAUAUGGGUGGUGGUGCCUGCGCAACUUGUGCAAACCUUUUUUUAUAGUCAUUUGGAAGUUGAUCUCAGUGUGUUGGGUAAUGCUGAAUGUCAAAGGCAAUUUCAUUGUCUAGAUCUUUGGGACCACGCAUCCAGCCAAAUAUCUCAGCAGUAUGCAGGGGUGGAACAAAUGGGCAUAUGACGAAGAGGGGCUUCAAGUUUGCAUCCUAAUGAGGGUGAUAGCGUCAUCCUCAGGGAGGAACAUGCAGUAGUAUUUGGAACUUUGCCAAUGGGGUAAGGUAUGCACCAAUUGCUGGCCUCACACUCUCUUAUUGGUCUGUAUUCUACUGCAGUUGUCUUUUGUAACCAUGGAGCAAAGAAAGUAAAUUCUCAGAACGCGUUUUAGCAAAGAAUGUUUUCUUGCCAGAGUGACGGAAGUUCAUAAGGGAAUACCAAGUUCAUAGGGAGGAAGGAUGAAAGCUUCAUUUUGGUAGACUUGGCAUUUCCAAUGUAAUGAUUCCUUUCUGCAGGACACAAGCCAGUUCUUCCUCUAUUGCUUCCACUGCUUCAUUAAUAAUUGAUACAACAAAUAAAACACACAGAAAAUUAUCAAAAAGAUGCAUGAACAAAAUUCAACCAA